AUGGAGACUCCUACCUUAAACAAAUCCGGCUCCCUCACUAUCGUUGGCACUGGCAUCGAGAGUAUUGGUCAAAUGACCCUUCAGACCUUGUCUUACAUCGAAGCCGCCGACAAAGUUUUUUACUGUGUCAUAGACCCUGCCACCGAAGCAUUCAUCCUCACCAAGAACAAGGACUGUGUCGACCUGUACCAGUACUACGAUAAUGGCAAGUCCAGGAUGGAUACCUACACCCAAAUGUCUGAGGUUAUGCUCAGGGAGGUCCGCAAGGGCCUUGAUGUUGUAGGCGUCUUCUACGGACACCCAGGUGUGUUCGUUAACCCUUCGCUUCGAGCGCUCGCUAUCGCCAAAAGUGAGGGGUUCAAGGCUAGGAUGCUGCCGGGCGUAUCUGCGGAGGACUGCCUUUAUGCAGACUUGUGCAUCGAUCCUUCGAACCCCGGAUGUCUGACCUACGAAGCAUCUGACUUCCUCAUUCGAGAGAGGCCAACGAACAUUUACAGCCAUUUUAUCCUUUUCCAAGUUGGAUGUGUCGGUAUUGCUGACUUCAACUUCACUGGAUUUGAAAACUCGAAAUUCGGAAUUCUUGUUGACCGCCUCGAGAAGGAGUAUGGCGCAGAACAUCCUGUCGUGCACUACAUCGCCGCUAUGCUCCCUCACGAGGAUCCCGUUACCGAUCAGUGGACCAUUGGACAACUCCGUGAGCCGGAGUUCUACAAACGCGUCGGCGGUGUUUCCACUUUCUACAUCCCGCCAAAGGAGCGAAAGGAGAUUAACGUUGAUAUCAUUCGUGAACUCAAGUUUCUCCCUGAGGGGAAAGUUCCGGAUACGCGUACUCAGAUUUACCCACCCAACCAAUGGGAACCCGAGGUACCGACUGUUCCUGCGUAUGGAUCAAAUGAGCACGCCGCUAUCGCUCAGUUGGACACUCACACUCCUCCCGAGCAAUAUCAACCUCUCGCUACUUCCAAAGCCAUGACUGAUGUGAUGACCAAGUUGGCGUUGGAUCCCAAGGCGCUCGCAGAAUACAAGGCUGACCACCGAGCCUUCGCUCAGUCCGUUCCGGAUUUGACGGCGAAUGAGAGGACCGCUUUGGAGAUUGGAGACUCCUGGGCGUUCCGCUGCGCUAUGAAGGAAAUGCCUAUUUCACUCCUAGACAACGCCAAGCAGUCAAUGGAAGAAGCCUCCGAACAAGGCUUCCCGUGGAUCAUCGUCGUUGGUGUCGUUGGUGUCGUUGGUUCUGUUGUUAGUAGCGCCUGA